UUCCAGCUCUCAGCUCCCUAGGAGGAAGUGUUGGGAUCUGUCUCUGGUAAAAGCUGAACUAAUGGUCGGUCGGUAAACAUGGACACACGGAGGUGGUCCUCUUCUGCGACGGGCCUCCGGUUCCGGAACGUCUUCUUCUUGGUUCUGUUCUGCCGAACUGCGACAGCAGCAGCUGUUUCCCAGAAUGCUUUGCCUGCGCCGAGCGACGUCCUGAUUAAGCAGACGCAGCUCACCUGGAACGCCACGGCGAAUGACGCCACGUUUACCGUCCAGUACCGUGGCUUUUACGACGGCGGCUGGACGCCCUUGGAGACGUGCAGCAGCACGCCCCUCACUUCCUGCGAUGUUGCUCUGGUGCAAGCCGGCGAGGAAAAUGGCUGCGUCCGUCUCCGUGUCGCUGCCAGGAGACACAGAGAAACAUCUGAACCGGUGGAAGCCUGCAGCAGAGGAGGACAUCCGUGCUCUCCAGACUUCACGCUGAGCGCCUCGCCCGGGUCCCUCACCGUCAACCUGAACCGAAGCCAGAACCUGGACUGGCAGCACGGCGGUCAGCUGAAGCAUCGCAUUUACCUCAGACGGCAGGGCGAAGACUGGCAGGACCACAUCUCGCACUCCUCCAAGUUCUUCGAUGGCUUGGAAGCGGGUCAGCGGUACUGUGUGAAGGUGGAGUUUGUUCUGUACGGACAGAAGAGCCUCGGCCCGGCCAGCUGUGAGCAGUGCCACACCGUCCCCGACUUCAGUACAUCCAAACAGACCCUGAUCGUCAUAGUCACCAUCGUCGUUUCUGGGAUCGUCCUGUUGGUCGUCUUCGCCUACAUCCAACUCUUCAAGUCCAAGAACAUCAAGCAGUUCCUCCAGCCCCCGUACACCAUCCCGCCGGGUUUCCAGGAGCGUCUUCCCACGGCCGGCCGUCCCCUGGUGGCGGAGAGUCCCUCUGAGGAGGACUACGACGUCGUUUCCAGUCUAACUCCAAGGCAGGACUGAGCCGCCUCGUCCCGCCGCUGCCGCGCCGCCGCCGCCGCCUCAGAGCGACUCGGAGGAGGAGUCGGACCUCCGUGGCUUCCUGCUGAGAACGAACCCUUUACAGAUUGUGUUUCACCUGCAUGGAGACGGAGACGCUCGCUUUGUCCCAGCAGGUGAACCUGGACAGGUGCUGAAGAGGGAGGCGUCCUCCUCCUGCAGCCGUUUGCACUUUUUAUAUUGGUUUCUGAGUUUAGCUGGACUGCGGCCUCCCAGGGACCCAUCAGGGAAAUCUGGGUCUCAGAACAUUGACGCUUCUCCAGCCCAAACUGAACUCCUGCUGAAAAGAGGAAAACGAGUCCAGAGCGAUCCGGAUCCAGACAGAACUCGUUUAAUAAGAAUCUAAUUAUGGAGUCUGGCCGGGUUCUCUACCGGACCGUCCAAGCUGAGCCAAAGGAACGUGAGCCGGAGCGGACCCCUUAGAGCAGGCGUGUCCAAAGUGUGGCCCGGGGGCCAUUUGUGGCCCCUAGACUGGUUUUGUGUGGCCCCCCAACAGCAUUUGGUCUGAUGGAGAUGGAAACAUUUUAUUUCUAUUAGGCUAAAAUUAAUGUAGACAGGUUAAGAUCUUACAACUGAAAACAUUUGGUACAACACAAUAUAUUCAUGUUUUUAAUAACCAAACUUUUUACAUUCUAUUUAAUUAAAUAAAACAAUUGUUUUAAAAUAAUAACCGGCCAAAAACCUGUUGCCAUAUUGUGAGACCAAAAAUAAUUCAUUUUAUUUUUAUUUUCAGUCAAGUCUAUUGAGUUUCUAACAUAAAGAAAAUGUGCAAAACCCAUUUGGAUCUACAGUGAUUUAGCAUCCUUUUCCUUCAGAAAAUUGGAAUAAUUAGUUUAAUUGAAAUCGUCAUAUUUUGUAAAGCAGGUAAAAGAAUCACAACAUCAUUUUUGGGUUACUUUUUAUCGAUAUUAUAAUUUAUUUUGGCCCUUGAGAACUUUUGACCUCAGAAUUUUGGCCCGGUUUUCCUGUCUGGUACUUUUGUUACCUUGGGUUUAAGUUUGUCAUUAAAUAGUAAAGCGUGAGGGGAAAAAAAGCGCCAGUUUUCUGAUGUUUCUGUUCAAAUAGCUGGAAAUGUGACGUUGAAUGUUUUUAUCUGAACAUGAGUGAACAGGAAGAUCUGGAUCCUCCACGGGAUCCAGUCAGCAUCUGAUCUGGAAACAUUUCUGCAUCAAAUCAGGAACUUUUCAGUGUAAGAAUGAGGUUUUUAAAAUAUUGGAUCCCAUUUUAUUAACGGUCUUCCUGAUCCUGACCAUCGUGAGUCUUUCUUAGCUUCUGUGCAGAACCCCGUCCGUCUGACCCACCCAGCACACCGGACUGGACCGGCUCCGCAGCACGAACUUUUAUCUAAAACUGUUGGAAAGGACAAUAAUGAUGAGAAAAUUAUUUUUUUUUCUUUUUUAAGAAAUGAUUUCUUAAAUGAUUUCUUCAAGAAUUUACAUCCAGCUAACUUUUAUUAAGAGUUCACAGAACCUGACUCAAGAGUGCUUCGUUCAGCAGCUGAACCUUCAGGCUUUGAAACGGUUUUAAAUAAUAAAAGCUGUAAUUAAUGCCCAUUUCUGUCUCUUGUGUUCGCACACGCAGUAGAAAAAGUUUGUGAAUUUCAUUUUUAAAACAGUUUGCAUCUUUACAGCUAAAGAGGAUCUGCAAGAGUCCAAUAAGCGGUUUCACUUCUUCAAAGUCAGCAUCUGAAACAACUCGAGUGGUUAGCAGCCGUAAAGUACUGCUUAGGAUUCAUUUUCAUUUAUUGUUUGAUUGGUUACGAUUCCUGUAAUUAUUUUUGUUUUUUAAAAAAAAAUGUUAUUUCAA